CUUUUUUCCUUUUUUUUUUUUUUUUUUUAUUUUAUCAAAUCCCAGUCACUUCCCUUUCCGAACUCUCUUCGCAGUUGAUACUGACCGUUUUUAGUUUUUACGAUAUGGCGACAAUUAUACUCGACGAUGAACAGAAAGUCAAGAUGAUCCGGACGGUUCUGGGAGCCGAAGUGCCAGAAUCAGAGAUCCUCCAAGCAUUUUUAGUCUGUGGAAACAGACCAGAUGCAGUUAUAAGUCACAUGCUCGAUACUCCUGGGUUUCCAAAUCCGCCGGUGGAUGUGAAGCGGACGAGUACGGGAGCCCGGAUCUCUACCCAGAUAAAGGAAAAGAUGCCAGCAGAUUCUGCCGGAGCUGAUCCCAUUAAAGUGUUGGACCCAAAGGCUGAAGUGAAGAUGGAAGAGCUUGCAAUGGGUUUCGAGAAGAACCCUGACAACGAGUUGGAGACGAAGAUCAGAGUAAAGGAGGAACCACUCGAUGUGGGUUGUGCAAGUUCCAGCGAUCCACUCGAUGCUCAACAUGUUAAAGGGCAUAAGUCAGUUUUUGAGAAGAACUUAGCAAAGUUGUUGGAGAGGAAGAGUAGAGUAAAGGAGGAAGAUCUCGAUAAAGGUUGUGAGAAGAACCCUAUAAAUUUAGAAAGUAAACGACAAACGGCUAACACUCGUCUUCCAUGGGUUCCUUCUCGUGUCAAGCAAGAAAGCCCCAUUUCGAGUCCAGAUGUAGAGGAUGGCGAGUUCCCAGAAGAAGCAGACUGGUUUCUGGUGGGGAUGACUUCUGUCACGGGGUUUUCUACGUGCAAAAGGAAGAGAUUGGAGUUCAAUGAGAUCGUUCAUUUUGCUCUCCCUAAGAGAUUUUCAGACAUUGUUCGCUUCUCAACCAAACGAUCAGGGGAGAUUGGGAGGAUGGCGAUGGAUUGGGCAAAAUGCAUCGUCCCCCUUGUUAGUUCUACCAAGGUGAAGUUAUGUGGUCGUUUCGUGGGCACACCUUCUGUCCUUAGGCUGAUGCAAGAAAUCCCAUUAUACUUGAGUUUUUAUGUGCAUCAUUCAAUUUUGGGCCAGGGGGAUCCGUCUUCAUGGAAUAUUAUAGAACCAUCUAUGUCAUACUCAACUUCUGGGCCUCUCCUAAAUUUGUUCCAGCUGUUGAAUAUCAAACCAUUUCAGCAGGCAGAAUUCACACCAGAGGAGCUUGAUAGUCGAAAACGCAAGUUAAAUCUGAAAGGGGAUUCGGAUCUCUUUUCGAGCACCAAAAGAAGAAAGGGCAGUCAACAGGUUAGCGAACCAAACAAUGAUGAACAAGCUAUCUCAGAGUCAGCAUUGAACAAGCUUGUUGGUACAGCAGAUGUAUACAACUUGCAGGAGAUGGAACCCCCGAUCACACUAAAUUGUAAUUUAAAGCCAUACCAGAGACAAGCUCUCCACUGGAUGUCAGAAUUGGAGAAGGGCUUAGACGUCGAGGAGGCAGCAAAAACACUACAUCCAUGCUGGUCAGCUUAUCGUGUCUCUGACAGGAGAGCUCCUUCAAUUUAUGUGAACAUCUUCUCAGGGGAAGCAACUGCUCAAUUCCCUAGGGCAACUCAGAUGGCUAGAGGAGGAAUUUUAGCAGAUGCUAUGGGGCUUGGGAAGACUGUGAUGACAAUUGCUCUUAUACUUGCAAUGCGAGGCAAGGGUAUCCCCGUUGAUCAAAAGCCCACCACACAUCGUGCAGAUGAUACUGAGAAUAAAAUGAAGGUCUCUCAAAAGAAGGCCAAAACAAUAGUAAAAGGGGGCACUCUUAUUGUCUGCCCUAUGGCAUUGUUAAGCCAGUGGAAGGAUGAGCUUGAAGCCCAUUCGAAGCCAGGCUGUAUUUCAGUUGUUGUCCACUAUGGUGGUGAUAAGAGCAUCAACCCCAAAGUGUUUUCAGAACCUGAUGUGGUCUUGACAACGUACGGAGUCUUAAGUUCCGCUUACAAACAAGGUCCGGAAUUAAGCAUUCUCCACCGAGUAGAGUGGUUCAGGGUGGUGCUUGAUGAAGCACACACAAUUAAAUCCUCAAAGACCCUUGUUGCUCAGGCAGCCUUUGCAUUAUCCUCACAUUGCAGGUGGUGUCUGACAGGAACUCCUCUCCAGAACCGUUUGGAAGACCUCUACAGCCUUUUGUGCUUUUUGCACGUUGAGCCAUGGUGCAACUGGGCCUGGUGGAAUAAAUUCAUUCAAAGGCCUUAUGAAAAUGGCGAAGAAAGAGGCUUGAGAUUGAUUAAGGCUAUCCUUAGGCCACUGAUGCUAAGGAGAACCAAGGAAUCAAAAGACAAAUACGGGAGGCCCAUACUGGUUCUCCCACCUGUUGAGAUCAAAACCGUUGUGUGUGUACAAUCUCAAGUUGAACGGGAUUUCUAUGAUGCCCUCUUUAAGAGAUCAAAGGUCCAGUUUGACAAGUUAGUGGCACAAGGCAAGGCGCUCCACAAUUAUGCAAAUAUUCUUGAGCUUCUACUCCGAUUGAGGCAGUGCUGCAACCACCCAUUUCUUGUCAUGAGCCGAUGUGAUACCAAAAGCGAGCGGUAUGCAGAGUUGGACAAGCUUGCAAGGCGGUUCCUUGAAGGCAACUCUAAUCGAUCCAACCGGAAUCAGAUAGUCCCAACUCGAGCUUAUGUUGAAGAGGUUGUGGAGGAUAUCCGUCAGGGCAAAAACACCGAGUGCCCAAUCUGCCUAGAGUUUCCAGAUGAUCAUGUACUCACUCCAUGUGCACACGGGAUGUGUAGGGAGUGUCUGCUCAAGAGCUGGCCAGCCCAAGAAGGAGGUGUCUGCCCAAUUUGUAGGACGUCGUUGAAGAAGAGUGAACUCAUAACAUGCCCAUUAGACAACCAGUUCUGGAUUGAUAUUGAGAACUGGAAGGAAUCAUGCAAGGUUUUGAAGCUCCUUGAUUGCCUGGAGCUUGCAUCUAGUACUGGUGAAAAGAGCAUUAUCUUUAGUCAAUGGACUUCUUUUUUUGAUCUGAUACAGACCCCUCUGGAGAACAAAGGAAUUAAGUUCUUAAGGUUUGAUGGAAAAGUGGAUCAAAAGCAAAGAGGGAGGGUUUUGAAGGAGUUUAGUGAGAACAAUGAGAAAAAGGUGUUGUUGAUGUCAUUGAAAGCUGGGGGUGUUGGUUUAAAUUUGACUGCAGCAUCUCAUGUUUUCAUAAUGGAUCCAUGGUGGAAUCCUGCAUCAGAGGAACAAGCCAUAAUGCGAAUCCAUCGGAUUGGCCAGAAACAAAGGGUUUGUGUGAAAAGAUUCAUUGUUAAGGAAACAGUGGAGGAGAGGAUGCAAGAGGUCCAAGCAAGGAAGCAAAGGAUGAUAGCAGGAGCCCUCACUGAUGAGGAAGAGAGAUCUACUAGGCUGGAGGAUCUCAAAAUGCUUUUUAGAUAGAACUCAGUAGAGUUGUCCAUAUUUAUGUCUUUGUUUUGUUAGAGAGGAGAAAGUAAAUACAUAUGUAAAUAUAUGCAGGAAUGAUAUGGAAAUGUUUUGCAGCUUAAACUAUGCUACUAAGCAUAUAAAAAUAAUGAAAAGCCAUUAAAAUCUUCA